GACAGUCUUCCGUGAGUCGUGGUGCAGGUGACACGGAUUCUACCUGGUUGAUCCUCAGUCUUGGUUCCUGAGCACCACACUGUCUGCGUGUCGGCGAGAUGGCUGGCGGAGCGAGGCGAGGCUGGAUAGCGGCAGUAGCGGUAGCGGCUAGUGUCCUCAUCAUUUUGUGCCACUCUGCUGCCGCGCGCCAGGCUCUAAAAGGGGAUCCAGGACUGCUAGGGGACUCAGGGCAAGACUUGUCCCACUAUGCUGCCUCUACCUCCGUCAAGUCCCGGUCCAAGAGAUAUUUCCUGGCUUUCCCCUCCUCGUCCACCCUCACCUUCAACAACAAGAUUAAGGUGCCGCUCUUCAGCAAGUUCAACGACAACAUCAAGGGAGUGUUCAAAGGGUUCAUCCGCGUGGCCUACACCCUGCCGAGCGAUACCGUCACGCUGGGCCGAGCCGCCAUCGACCAGGACCGCGUGCACACCUACACCUCCCUCGAGUCCCUCUUUUCUAAUUUGGGAGUCAACGGGCACCAGUGUUUGCUGAAAGCCAUCUGUGAAACCGCCGAGGAACCCGCCGAGGACUACGGUCUGGUGGGACAGCUGCUCGACCUUGUGCUGGCACCUAACCACGGACUACAGACGGCGAAAGAAGCGCUGUGGGAGUACUCGGCUGCGGAGAGCUACGGGCGGGAGGUGGGCAACUGUGACCUGGCUUACUCCACCUGCCCCCUCAACUUGCUCGAACUACUCACCGCCGGCCUGUCCGUCCUGCAGGGGUCUGUGGAUGGUGGCUCCCUCUUCUGAGGAAGCAAGAAUAAGCUAUACAUACUCGCCGUGAAAGGAAGGACCGACUGUAGAAUAUAGUAGUACUAGUAGUAGUAGUAGUAGUAGUAGUAGUAGUAGUAAUGAUAUUUAGUGUUGCUGCUUAUAUCAUUAUUAUCAUUAUAACAUAAUGAUUUUCCUAUUGUUAGUUUGAGUACAGUAUAGUAAGUAGAAAGUAAAAGACGUAUAGAAAAUAUUAGUAAAGAAUAAAUAAUGGGUAUAUACAAAAUUAAUAAUAUGAUCUUCCUCCGCCUCGUUUUCCUUCAGGAGAGAAUUCUAUCUACGUAGAUUGAAGUAGUAGUAGUAGUAGUAGUAGUAGUAGUAGUAGUAGUAGUAGUAGUAGUAGUAGUGGUAGUAAUCGUAGUAGUAGUAGUAGU